AUGGAUCACAACUACAAACUUGCUUUAAAGCAAUUCAUUAAUAAGAACUUUGAGGCGUCGUUCAAGUUAACAAGUGAAUUGUUUCACAUCUGUUUCAACGAAUAUGCCAACCACACCAUCUCCCAAACCUUGGUUACAAAAAUAAUCAACCUAUACUUGGUGGAAGUGGGGGUUUGCUUGAAGGAUGGAUUGCUAAACCAAGUCCAGACCAACGCUGCAAUCAAUUCCAUUACCAGCAACGAGGUCCUCAACCAGAUUCGUUCCGUGUUUGGCAACGACAUUCCAUGUGAAAUAUUGUACAACUACCACCUAGCCCAUAUUACCAACCCGAAAGUGUUGAUUGGCGAUGGAUACUUUGACCAGUUACAUAAAGAUUACUUGGGCGCAAACAACGACAAGUACAAGCCAAAGUUUAUGCAGUUGGUGGUGUUUGAGAUCUUGCCCACAUUUGGAAAAUACCAAGAAGCAGAACGAUUGAUUACUGACCCUAAAGAUUUGGAAAAACUACGCAAAAUCCAACACCUGCAUGAGGAACAGAAGGCCCAGCAACGGUUGGCUAAACAAAAUCAGGAAAAAGAAAGGGCAGCUGCCCUCGAACAGGCGAAACAGCAGACCUUGAAAUACAAAUCAAUUAAAGAGAUCCAAAACAGCUACGAAGAGGAACACCACGAAGUUCAAAUAUCGCAGUUGUCGUACAUCUACAACCUUGUCAAAACCUACUUGAGAGAAAAUUAUUUGGCUGUGUUGGUGGUGUUGGUUCUCGGCAUCAGCGCCAACAGGUACCGCACACACCUAAAAGAAAAAAUUGUCGAGACCAUAAAAAUGGCAUUUAAAUUUAGUUACAUAUAG